AACUCUUAGUGAAGUGAACGCCAAGAUAUGAAUUCCACAUCCCCACUUAUAUCCCCUAAUGAUUUUUUUAACCUUCUUAUUAGGUAAAUCAUAGAAAUAAUUAUACAUACUACCAAUUUGUAACAAACAACAUUGUCCCUUUUUCGUCAGUUCAUGCCAUAUAUAUACUCCAAAGGACCAAAACUCAGACCAUCAAUGAUAACACCAAGAUUCCAUCAUCUUUUUUUCUGAUAAUCGUAGUUUCCGGGCCAGCUUUUGCGCACCCGGAGAAAAUGGAAAGAGGAGGAGGACUGGUGGUCCGGGGAAGAGUAGAGAUCGAUACGAGGCAGCCUUUCGGGUCGGUGAAAGAGGCAGUCAUGUUAUUUGGAGAGAAGUUUUUGGCUGCAGAAAUUUACGCUAAGCAGCUUAAAGAGAUGCAGAACAAGGCAAGUGAUGAACAGAACCAGUCUAACAUUGAAUCACCAGUGACAGUAGAGCUUGAAGAAACAAAGCAAAACCUCCAGAAAAGUAAAGAAGAAGGAACAUUCAUGGCACAUUGUCUUCAAUCACUAAAAGAAGAGCUAGAACUAACAAGAAAAGAGAUACAACAGUUGAAGACAAGAGAAAUGAAGCAGAAAGCACCGUUAACGGAUGAUCCUGAGAUUGAUGAAGAUCUCAAAUUCAUUGAGAACCCGCUGUCCAAAGUUGAUGUCAGAACACAAUUUCAAGAGCAUGAUGAUGAAAUAGAGUUCAAGCAGAAGAGGUCUGUUAAGUUUGCUAGUACUCCUUUACUCACUAGGAUCAUUGUCAGCAAGGAUCAUGUAAAUAAACAAAUGGAAACCAGCCCUUCACAACUUAAGAAGAAAAUGAAAAGGAAAAUGAAGCCUUUAAUCCCUUUGAUUAGUGGAUUGUUUUCCUGGAAGAAGGGCAAUCAAGAAAACUAAUAUUCAUAAAAGCGGUCCGAGCUCCAGAUAUGGAGUCAUCUUUUUUAAGGAGUGUUUUAACUUCGGAUCUAGUCAGGUCCCAAUACGGAUUACAAGAUACCAAGUGGGUAACCAAAAACAAUAAUCAUGGAAGCCUUGUAAAGUUUGAAUUUUGAUGGCCUUUUAGUACAAGGAUAAUGGUAGAGGUCUCAAAAGAAGAUCUUUACCAUUGAAUAAAUGGUUGUUAUAAGUUUUCUGUUUACUAGGUAAUGUUUUUUGGUUUAUUUCUUUAACAUCUGGAGAGAAGAGUUCCUGUAAAUUAGCUCAAUAUUCUUUAGAUAUGCAAAAUAUAGUACACAUUGAA